AUGGAUUGUGUGAGCCCAAUCUUGGAUGUUGCCACCCGCUUGUGGGAUUGCACCGCCAAGCGUGCAGUCUAUAUUCGCGAGCUUGAAGAAAAUCUCAAUUCUUUGAAGAGCUUAAUGGAGGAACUUAACAACUUAAGUAAGGAUGUGAUGGUAAGAGUUGAGCGUGAGGAACUACAACGGAGUAGGCGCACGCAUGAAGUGGAUGGUUGGCUCAGCGCUGUACAGAAAUGUCUCGGAACCUGUCCCAAGAAUUGUAGGUCAAGCUACAGGCUGGGGAAGAUUGUGACUAAAAAGAUGAACGCUGUGACCGAAUUACAGGGCAAAGGGCAUUUUGAUGUUGUGGCUCAUAGACCGUCUUUUGCUCCGGUGGAUAAGAUGCAGAUGGAGGAGACUGUGGGCUUAGACUUGAUGUUUGAGAAGGUCCGGAAAUGCCUGGAAGAUGAGCAAGUAAGAAGUAUUGGGUUGUAUGGAAUUGGGGGUGUUGGAAAAACCACCCUCUUGCGGAAAAUCAAUAAUGAGUAUUUUGGUAAAAGAAACGAUUUUGAUGUGGUGAUAUGGAUAGUGGUGUCGAAACCAAUCAGUAUAGAAAAAAUUCAAAAUGUGAUCCUGAAGAAAUUACUGACCGGAGAUGACAAAUGGGAGAAUCUUAGCAAGGAACAGAAGGCUGCAGAAAUAGGCGAGUUGUUGGAAGGCAAAAACUUUGUGAUAUUGCUUGAUGAUAUGUGGGAGCGACUUGAUCUCUUGGAGGUGGGGAUCCCUCAUUUGAGUGAUCAAACUAAAUCCAAAGUAGUACUCACUACGCGAUCUGAACAAGUAUGCAAUGAAAUGAAAGUUCAUAAGAGGAUGAGGGUAGAGUGUUUGACACAGGAUGAAGCAUUUUCUCUGUUUUGUGAUAAGGUUGGUGAGAAUAUCCUGAAUUCACAUCCGGAUAUAAAAAGGCUUGCUAAGACUGUUGUUGAUGAAUGCAAAGGAUUACCACUUGCCCUUAUUGUCAUCGGGCGAUCAAUGGCUAGCAGGAAAACUCCUCGGGAAUGGGAGCAAGCAAUACAAAUGCUGAAGAGUUACCAAGAAAAGUUUUCAGGUAGGGGAAAAUAUGUAUUUCCAAAUUGA